AUGCUGCACUUUAGUGCCCCUCUCUACGCUCUGGGCGGCAGUAUUGUCCGUAGCAAGGCCCUCGUCGCCCCCGUCUCAGAGGUGGUGAUCCGCGACGCAGGAACUAACCUCCCCGGCAUCCCGCAUGCGAACCGCGUGUGUCGCUCCUAUCGGCAGUGGCUCAAGCUCGCCGUCCUCUGCCCACCUAGCGCCCUAUGCGACCUUAACGAACACGCGCAGAUGAACGAGCGCUUUAUUAUUAUCCUGCGGCAGAAGUUCCGCGAAGGGUCUGAGCUGCGUGACGCAGACCAGAUCGCUGUGGCAGUGCAGUCGUGUGAGCGCAGUCUCGCCAUGUUCCGCUUCCUCGCCGCGGACGGAGCGAAGCGCAAGUUCCCCGAGGCAAAGCCGCGGCUGAACCUUCACAAGAUGGGCUUCUUGGAAAUGAGUCAGCUAAACUUCAAGCAGAUGAUGAAGGAGUACUGGAACACCUAUGUACUGCGCAAGUGGUAG